CUGUAUAGCAAGUCCUCGCUGGUCCUGGGCUUCGCGCGGCUUUUCGCAACUCUCGGACACGGGAGAGGCCGCUGGACUCGGCGCUCCGGCGCUAAACUUCUUGCGUAGCUGGGUGAAGCGAGGUGGGGCGGUGAGCCGGGUCCCAUUAUGGCAGCGAAUGUGAGUGCCUCCGGGGCCGCCGGGCCCCACCCAGACUUCCCUCCUUCCCGAAGGGCUGCUCAGUAUUCCAGUACAAGUAACAGGAGAGAACAUGUCAAAAUUACAACAGCUCCCCAGCCAGGCUUCCUGGAGAGGCUGAGUGAGACCUCGGGUGGGAUGUUUGUGGGAUUCAUGACCUUCCUACUCUCCUUCUACUUAAUUUUCAUCAAUGAGGGUCGCGCAUUGAAGACAGCAACCUCCCUGGCUGAGGGGCUGUCACUUGUGGUGUCCCCCGACAGCAUCCACAGCGUGGCUCCAGAGAACGAAGGGAGGCUGGUACACAUCAUUGGGGCCCUGCGGACAUCCAAGCUCCUGUCUGAUCCAAACUAUGGAGUCCACCUUCCAGCUGUGAAGCUGCGGCGGCAUGUGGAGAUGUACCAGUGGGUGGAGACCGAGGAGUCCAGGGAGUACACCGAGGACGGGCAGGUGAAGACAGAGAGGAGGUACUCCUACAACACUGAGUGGAGGUCGGAAAUCAUCAACAGCAGGAACUUUGACCGUGAGAUUGGCCACAAAAACCCCAGUGCCAUGGCAGUGGAGUCAUUCACAGCAACAGCCCCCUUCGUCCAAAUUGGGAGAUUUUUCCUUUCAGCAGGCCUCAUUGACAAAGUUGACAACUUCAAGCCAUUAAGCCUGUCCAAGCUGGAGGACCCGCAUGUGGACAUAAUUCGCCGGGGAGACUAUUUCUACCACAGUGAAAACCCCAAGUAUCCCGAGGUCGGAGAUCUGCGCAUCUCCUUUUCCUACGCAGGGCUGAGUGGCGAUGACCCUGACCUGGGCCCAGCUCACGUGGUCACUGUGAUUGCCCGACAGCGGGGUGACCAGCUCGUCCCAUACUCCACCAAGUCCGGGGACACUCUGCUUCUCCUGCACCACGGGGACUUCUCUGCAGAGGAGGUGUUCCAUAGAGAACAAAAGAGCAACUCCCUGAAGACGUGGGGCCUGCGGGCCGCCGGCUGGAUGGCCAUGUUUAUGGGCCUCAACCUCAUGACGCGGAUCCUCUACACCUUGGUGGACUGGUUCCCCAUCUUCCGAGACCUGGUCAACAUUGGCCUAAAAGCCUUUGCCUUCUGCGUGGCCACCUCGCUGACCUUGCUGACCGUGGCUGCAGGCUGGCUCUGCUACCGGCCCUGGUGGGCCCUCUUCAUCGGCGGCCUAGCCCUGGUGCCCAUCCUCAUUGCUCGGACACGGGUGCCAGCCAAAAAGCUGGAGUGAAGCAGUUCCUCGCACCUGCCAGACCCCCAAGCGAGCUUUAGGACCCAGCUCGCUCCCACUUCUGCUAGAGCAUGAGUCCUCUUCAGGUCUGGAUCCUGCCCCAACUCUGCUCUUCAGCGGGCCAGACCUGGCGGCGUGCAUGCACGUCAGGUUUGGUGUCGGUGUCAGCAGUUCGCGUCUUUCCACCCCUCUUCUUGCCAAUGAGUAGCUUUGGGGAGAAAGUGGCAGCUUGACAAGCAUUCUGCUUGUUUCUUUCCCAGCUCUUGGGACUGUGUGACUGCUUCGUGUGCUUCAGGUAGUUGAUGGCUACAGGUGAAGCAGUGACACUCCAGAGGCCUGCUUUCUUAUCACUUACUGCUGCUCCUCACCGACUGCCAUGGUCCUAAAGGCCACUAGUGCUGGGGCCCCAUGAGCAGCCCCAGAGCGCUGACAGAGCACAUGCCUGCAUGGCCGGGGCACCGCGGAUAGCCUGAGCCUGGAACUUGGUACGACAGGUCACCAUGGGGAAAGUGGACAUUUGCUGGGCUUUCCUUGUAUUCUAUGGUUUGGCAGAAUGUCUAGUGUGGAAGAUCCAGAGGCCCUGCUUGUUAGGUUUCUUUUUUGUUCCUUUUUUUCUUCCUGUGCACUCCCCUACCCUAAGAGGGAGUUGUUUCAAAUAAGACUUUAAAACAAAAACACCUCCUGAAUGAUUAAUAUGUUUAACUGUUACAGAAAAACACCUUUAAUCUAUAGAGUUGAAGUUAGUUCAGAGCACAGAGGUGAUUUUUUUUUUUAACCAGGUAAGUCACAUGCCCAUUUAACACUGUUGUCGCUGUUCUGAUCACUGGGAAGCUUUAAGAUGCUUUUCAAACAAGUGAUAGCAAAGGGAUUUGUUUUCACUCUGGAAAGGAUGGGAAUCACUACAGACGAGAGGAGAUUCCCCUCACCCUCUGGCAUCAGAAACUAUCUAUUUACUUGAGGAUGAAUUUGAGUUUUUAGCCACCAUUCCAGGAACAGGCUGGAAGCUUGACUAUCCUAAGUGGGCUCCUUCACAGUGAGCCCCAGUCAGCACCAACCUGGGGCAGGCCAGCCAGCAUGCCCUCGUCUGCCCUGGGUGCUUUCUUCACGGGAGUGCUUUUGACAUUAGCAGCUGGGCCUCCAGCAGCUGCUUCUGAGCAAGUCAUUUUAUCUAAGCAUCCACAGCUCUCCUCCCAACCCGAACCUGCCCACACUUAACUCCACCGCAUUCACCUCUCACACCCUUUGAAAGAUAAAGUACGUUGGAACCUUGAUGUCUUAAAAGAUCCUUUUCAUAUCCUUUAUCUUUUUACUAUUUGGAAAUUGUUCUGCCUUGCUGGGAGUGGUUGCUUUAGCAAGUAUUUGAGUAAGAGGUCAGAACUACUGAAACUAGAAAUCUACUAACCUCUCCUGUCCUGAGAUGUCUGUGAUACAAAUUGAGGGUCUCUGUGUCAAAAACAGCCCCAGAGAUCAUUUAUCUGGCUUUAAAGAUGUAACAGGGUUCAGGACUGCUUAGUAAAUAAGCAAACAGUAUAACUAGAUGGCUAAAUACAAAAUCCUUGGGAUUUGCUUUGUGUAAUUUUUUUAUAGUACACAUUUUAAAUUACUGCCAAUUUCAAUAGUGGUCUUAAAAAGCAAAAUGUUUAGAAAUAUUUGAAGUCUUUGGAAAACCACCAUGAAAUUUUGUAUUGGGUUUUGAUAAAAAUUCAAAAUUCAAAAUAAAUUUAAAUAUCUGUUAUAGGA